GAUGAUGUCCAGAUGUGUCAAGAUUGGGGAGGGUGUGUAUGGGGAAGUGUUCCGUUCCUUUUCUCAUGGAGAGGCUGUGGCUUUGAAGAUAAUCCCCAUUGAAGGCAGCCAGCAUGUCAACGAUUGUCCCCAGAAACAGUUUGAGGAGAUACUGCCAGAGAUUGUCAUUGCCAAAGAACUGAGUGACCUGGCCAGCUCUGGCAACAACCAGACCAGCAACUUUUGCCAGGUCAAUAGGGUGUCCUGUGUUAAAGGUGCUUUUCCUUCCAAACUUCUGGAACAGUGGGACGUGUACAACUUGAAGAAAGACUCAGAAAAUGACAGGCCAGAUAUUUUUGGAGAGGACCAGUUGUUUGUUGUGUUUGAGUUUUUGGAUGGGGGAUGUCCCUUGGAGAACUAUAAGUUUGUCAACCACACAGAAGCCCUGAGUGCACUGCAGCAAGUGGUAUUUGCCCUGGCUGUGGCCGAAAGCCACCUUGAGUUUGAGCAUCGUGACCUUCACAUUGGUAAUGUGCUUGUGAGGCCGUGCCAGGAGGACAUCGUUUCAUUUCUGCUGCAGGGCCGAGAGUAUCAGUUUCCCACUGCGGGGGUCAAGGCCACCAUCAUUGACUUCACCAUCUCUCGUCUACAGAAAGAUGGCUGUGCUGUGUUCUGUGAUGUUUCUACUGAUGAAGGCUUGUUUGAAGGGAAGAGCGACUUCCAGUUUGAUGUGUACAGGGACAUGCGAAAAGAGAAUGGCAAUGACUGGCAAAAGUUCUGCCCCCACUCUAACAUCCUGUGGGUAAACUACCUGUGCAAGAAGCUGACGUCGGUCAUCAAGUUCCAGGACACGGGUCGCAGCCACCGACAUGUCCAGCGACAUCUACGCAACAUGGUGGACCAUGUGCUCGACUAUUCAUGUUGUAUACAAAUGGCCGAGGAUACAGAGCUGUGGCUUGUGCCCCAGUGA